GAUUGCCCGCUCAUGAUGAACUUCUUUUCGUAAGGCCAGCUGUCGCGUACGCGGGCGUUGAUGUAUGUUCCGCAAGUUUAACUAAACUUGCUUACUCUUGAGAGUCAACUCAUGAUGACUGGUCUUCCUGUAACCAAUCCCUGCAUCUCGUUCUGGCAACAGACGACUAGAUCAUAUCCUUACCUCAAUCAUAACGAUGAAGCCCUCGUUCCGGAGACCGCAAAGUAUGUUAUUAUCGGCUCAGGAAUUUCGGGCGCAUUAGCAGCCUUCAAGCUGGUUGAGGGUGGUGUAACAGGAUCCGACAUCGUCAUACUCGAAGCAAGGGAAGCAGCCAGCGGCGCCAGCUCUCGCAAUGCAGGACAUAUCCGACCGGACGCCUUUCGCGGUUUCACGGUCUAUAAGUCAUUCCAUGGCGAGGAGCAGGCCCUGAAGAUCAUCGCCAACGAGAGGACCGUGUUCCUUGCAGUCGACGACUUCAUGAAGAAGCACAACGUCCCCUUCGAUUUUGUCCCGACAACUACAUUCGACGUUUGCCUGACUCAGGACUUUGCAGACCACAAUGCAAAGAGCUUCGAGGCAUACCGGAGCGCUGGCGGCGAUGUUUCCCACAUCAAGUUCUACCCUGCCGAGGAAGCUCGAAAAAAGACCGGCGUACCGCAAGCUCUAUGCGCCUACGAAUGGCCGGCAGGUUCUGGUCAUCCUGCUAAACUGGCCCAAUGGCUUCUGACCGAAUGUGUUGGAAGAGGCGUACAGUUCCUGACCCAUUGCCCGGCAACCUCAGUGACACAGUCACCAUCUGGUGCAGAGCAGAUUCUCUGGGAUGUCAAGACACCACGAGGUACAGUGACGGCGCCAACAAUCAUCCACUGUACGAACGCCUUUGCACCACACUUGCUGCCGCAGCUAUCAUCCCUCGUCACACCAGAGCGCGCGCAAGCUCAUGCUUUCGUACCUCCUGCGGCUCUCACCGGCAGCAAGGUCCUGCAGAGCACCAUCUCUCUGCGUAGGGGCCUGCGAUGGUUCUACUCAGUCAAUCAACGCCGUUCAGACGGCGUCAUCAUCCUUGGAUCCGCAUCAGCUAGCCCCAAAGUCAGUCAGGCGGCGUAUGCGGAAAGACAGACAGCCGACGACAGCCAGUUCAGCGCGGAGAUUCGCGACGAUGCCGUCGCCAACUUCCAAGACUGUCUACCAGCGUGUAGGCCAGAGAAUUUGCGCCACGGGGAGGGACUGCAACACACAUGGACGGGUAUCAUUGGCAUGACGCCCGACUUGGUACCCUUCAUCGGGAGAGUUGAUGGCUCCCCAGGGCAAUGGGUGUGUGCUGGGUUCAAUGGUCAUGGUAUGGCAAGAAUCUUUACGUGUGCGUCGGGCCUUGCAAAGAUGAUUUUAGGCGGAACAUGGCGGGAUACCGAGUUGCCAGAGUGUUUUGAGAUGACCUCGGAGAGGCUCGAAAGGUUGAGAGAACAACAGCGAAAACAGUCGUCCAAGAUAUGAGGGCAACGGGAUACACAGAGGAAGGGUUCAAUCUUGUGAUGAUAACCGAAGCCUCAACGCCACGACAGCAUGCGAUCGUCGAGGCAGGUUUCAAUGACCUAAAGUAGUUUUAUUAGGUAAUUAGAUGUUCGUACUUGAGGAGGUUGAGGCGGGCACAGCGGGGUUCCCUCGGGAAACACGCACGGACCACCGCAGUACUGCGAGCGGUGUGACCGCGCAUCUGCAUGUACAACGGCAGAAUACCAGAAUUUUGGUUCCUUCCAAUCUUUGCGCAC